AUGGCGAACGGGAAGAUCCAAUGCUUUGUUGAUAUUGCCUCCUACUACAGCUACAUUGCCUUUGCGGACCUACUGCCCAAUUUGGAUCUAUUGGCUGCUCAUGGCGUCGAGGUCGAAUUCGUCCCGGUUCUGAUUGCGGGCAUCAACACCAAAUCGGGCAACAAGCCGCCAUGGACAUUGCCAGCCAAGGCCAAAUAUCUGCGCUACGAUGCGAACCGCUCAAAAGAGAGAGUUGGCAAGACCGGGAUCGCAUUCCCCCAGGACUUUUUGUCCAUGGCCUUGACCGUGCUUCCGCAGCGAGCCAUGCACUACGUCAAGCGCAAGUACCCCCCCAAGCAGUACCUGACGGUGCUGCACUACAUGUUCCACGUCUUCUGGACGCCGCCGCACAAGAACUUGACCAAGGAGGAGGUCUUGAGGGAGGCUCUGACGAGCGUGCCAUCUGACUUUCCUGGCCAGGGUGCUCCUCUGUUCUCGUCUCAGGAGGUUGAUGACAUCAUCCGGGCCGCGGGGAUGCAGGAGUACAAGGACGCCCUCACCCGCAGUACCGAUGAGUCCGUGGCGAAGGGAGCCUUCGGGGCGCCUUGGAUAUGGGUGAAAAACGCACAGGGCGUAGAGGAGCCCUUCUUCGGGAGUGAUCGCUUCCACCACAUUUACAAGUUCUUGGACCUGCCAUUUCGCGAAAUCGAGUUGCUUCCGCCGACCAAGACAUCAAAAAUUUAG